AUGGCCGUCGACGCCGGCGUGCACCUUGGCGCCAUAACGCGCAUACUCGAAGACACUCAACCUCCAGACCUAGGCGAAACCGACGAGCUGGCAUUACCACAUGUGCUGCAGAGCGGGCCCUUCUCAGGCAUGACGCUGCAUUCUGCGUCUGCAAAGACAAAUGCGGCCAAGAUACAUGCAGACCUGAUAGACACCUACCUCAUAACACAUCCUCACCUCGACCACAUCUCGGCCUUUGUCAUCAACACGGCUGGAUUAUCAGGACCGAGGCGAAAGAAGCUGGCUGGAUUGCCGGGGACAAUCCAAGCCCUGAAAACACACAUCUUCAACAAUAUAAUAUGGCCCAAUCUAUCAGAUGAGGACCAUGGGGCUGGUCUCUUCACUUACCUACGGCUGAACGAAGGCGGGUCCCCGGCCAUGGGCAACGUUGACGGCUACUUGGAGUUUAAUGAAGGCCUAGCCGUUAAGGUAUGGAGUGUAAGCCACGGCCACAAUAUCGAGAAGCAAGCACCUCACCGUGGGAGCGGUAGCAAUACUAGACUCAACAGCGUGGACGCCUCAUCAGGCUUGAUGAGUUUCGGCACAGGGAUGCUCAGCCCGCGGUCGAUAGCUCACCACAACACGAGUCCGAGCCUAGCGGCGUUUUACCACCAGCAACCGCAUCUGUUGCCACACGACCGUGCCGGGUCCAUAUUGCCGGGGUCCAUUGCGAUGCCUGUAGGAAGGGGGUCGGGAGCGAUGAACCAAAUGGGUGGGGGAGUCAGCCCAACAGAGUUUGCCUGUGUAUACGACAGCAGUUCCUAUUUCAUCCGCGAUGUGGAUACCGAGGUCGAGGUACUCAUCUUCGGUGACGUCGAGGGCGACAGUGUAUCGAUGAACCCGAGGAACCUUCGUAUAUGGCAAGAGGCAGCUCCGAAAAUCGUGACGGGGAAACUCAAGGCUAUCCUCAUUGAGUGCAGUUAUGAUGACAGCAGGCCAGUGGAUCGAUUAUUCGGCCACCUGACGCCAAGCUUCCUGGUGCAGGAGAUGACGGUCCUUGCCGAGGAGGUCAAGGCUGUGCGGAUGCGAAUGGCUAUGGAUAAGGGAAAGAAGGAGAUAGAUACCAGGAGAGACAGCAGAAGAGGCAGCAAGAGGAAGCGCGAAGGCGUCCAUGACGAUGCCACGAUAGCGGUUCGACGCAGAGCGUCGCGGGCCUUGGCGAGGCACAGCUCAGACAGUGUCAAUGAGCCGGUGAGCCCCAAGACGAUGAAGAUGCCUCGAUCCGACUCGGCCCAGCGGAGCGUCUCGGUGGAGAGCUCGCACAUCACGACCCCUACGGCCGAGCUGUCGUUGACAGACCUCCAGGGGCGGACGACGUCAAUCCUUGGUGCUACUAGUGCUCCCACUACGCACCCAAUGACAGCGGAGCCACAAAUGAUGGAAGGGCCGCAACUGGAGGGUCUGAAAGUGGUCAUCAUCCACGUCAAGGACAAGAUGGACGACGACGAGAGGGUGGAGGACACCAUCCUGGAUGAGCUGCAGGAGCAUGAGGCGUUUAUGGAUGUACCACUCGGGUGCGAGUGGGUCAUUUCCGAGGUUGGGCAGAGCCUGGAGGUCUGA